AUGACCGCAAACUUCCCCAUCCACCCCAUCGCACGCUUUGGGGGCGCCAGUCAGCCCGUGAAAAGACCAAAGGAGUUUGCCUGCUUCUCGUACGACGAGAACCAUGAGUUCCGCCUCGAUGAUUCGUCCAUGAAGUGGUACUACACCCCUCGGAUGGGCACCGACCUGUCCAAGGGCUUCGGCGCCUUUCAGAAGCACGACGACUCCAAGGAUGAGCAUCUGGACAGCCUGCUCAAGGCCAUCAUGGCCCACGAGCAGGAAACGGGCAAGAAGAUUGACGCCAACCUCGUCACCUGGAGAGGCAUGAUGUCCAAGGUUGCUUCCGUCCACCCCAUCCGUGCAUCGGAUCCUUUCUCAUUCCUUUCAGAUCAUGGCCACUCCAUUCGAGAUGAACGCGACCCUCUAUCAGGACUGCCUGUAAGGGACUGUUCCCCUGCCCCGCCGGCAGCUGCGCUGAUGGACGAUAGCUUCGUCGAGGAAAACCACGAGCACAAGAUGGCCGGCCAAAGGCAAGAGGGCCAACGAGGGGGGAGACGGGGUGGACAUGCACCCGAAGUCAUGCAGUUCUGGGGAUACAAGUUUGAGACUCUGUCUACCCUGCCGGCGACGUGGGACGAGACGUCGAGGGACUACAUCGAGAACCGGGAGAACCAUGUCGUCAACAACAAGGAGCAGUACUGCUCCGUCGUCCGCACAGGCAUCGGCAACACGGUCCUCUGCCUCGGCGGCGAAGUCGACGCAAGUGCAGUCUGGGACAGCAAGCCGGCACGGACCGGCGAUCCCAUCAACUGGGUCGAGCUCAAGACCUCGGCCGAGAUCCGCAACGCCCACGAUCAUGACGUCUUUGGUCGCAAGCUCAUGAAAUACUGGAUCCAGUCCUUUCUGCUCGGCGUCCCCAAAAUCAUCGUCGGUUUCCGCACCCGCGACGGCAUUCUCGUCGACGUCAACGAGAUGGAAACGCACCGCAUCCCGGAAAUGGUCAUGUCGCACCCCAACCCGCAAUGGAACGCCGAUCUGUGCGUCAAUUUCGCCGCCAACUUCCUAGACUGGCUCCGCAGGAACAUCAACGACGAGGGCGUCUGGCGGAUCAGCAGGCGCCCGCAUUCGCCCGUCAUCGAGGUGUACAGGGCAGAGCAGACCGGCCAUGGACGCAUCCUGACGGACGAGUUUAAGAAUUGGAGAAUCAAACUCGCCCUCGGGCCGGACGAGGAGGACGCCUGA